AUGGAAGAAAUUCCAGUGGCGCGCACGAAAUCCAUGGCAGCUCCUGCGAUUUUCGUCCUCGUAUUCGCUUUCCACUUUCUCUCAAAAUUCAUCGGCUCCCACAAAAAAAAGAAAGGAGCGAUGAGUGAUGUGGGGAUUGAAUUGCGAGCAGAAAUUAAGAAGCUUUUGAAGGAGGCUAGCUCUUUGACUCAGCCUUCAACAUUUGCACAAGCUGCAAAACUUAGAAGAAUGGCAGCUUCAAAGGAGAAAGAACUUACAAAACGUCAAGAAAUGCACGAAAAGGAUAUGAAGAUGUCGUUUGGUACAUACGAAAAGCUCUUACUGAUAUCUAAGGUUGUUACGUAUGUUAUGCUUAUCUUUUGGUUCUGGAAGAUGCCUGUGACCACAAUACCCGAGCAACUUGUACGACCUUUCGGCAAGUUGCUCUCUUGGAGAGCAGGAAUAUCUUUGGAAGACGAACUUUCGGUAGGAAUUAUACCAUGGUUGAUAGUAUCUACCAGAGUUAGCAAAUUUAUCUGCAGGAAGGUUUUGGAUUAA